AUGUUUCCAUUUUCUACGAAACAGUUGCAAGUUUGGGUCAAAGGGACUGCUCGACCAUCACAUGCCAUAGUCGGCCAAUUCUUCAGUCUAGCUGUCGAGCUCAUGGAUGGAGAUGUUGGCGGCGCCCAAGAGACAAUCAGGCUCGUCGUCACAGAAGCGGGCCUGUCCUUUAUAAAGGACGUCAUAGAUCGUCACAUUCCUGUGGACAACAUAUCUGCAACGGGUGAUCGUCUUUGGGAGACAGAGAUUAAGCCGCUCUUUGAGCUUGUAACUCAUCCUUGCGUUGUUGACUCUGCUGUUCUGGAGCAAGAGGUCGCAGCUAUAUUCAACUACCUCGUCGGAGUGGGAGGAGCCAGGAUGAACAAGCUCUUCCACUAUGUCGUCUCACUAUUCAAUGUGUGGCCGUCUAUCGCAGCACAAAAACCCCUCAUGGAGGCGGUUGAACUGUCCCUCGCAGUGCUAUCCAAGAUGCUGGACUGCAAUACUGUCAAUAUCAUCAACGAAGCCUUCUCAGAAUUUGCCAACAGUUUAGCUACUCUCUUGGGCAACCAGGAAGAACCAGAGGAGAGGCUUCAUCGUCUUCAAGCUAAAAGGCACCUUGACUAUAUUCGUCAGCGCACUCAAGUUGGGGAUCAGCUGGCCACUCUGGAGCCUCGGGCGCAUGCUACCGUAGCGCGAGAAACCUUCAUUCUAACGCGAGAUCUUCCUGGUCGCCUCUCUCCUGGAGGACCUAGGCACAAUAACGACCACAAAGACAUAGUCAAUAUCAAAAUAUUGCCAACAUACGAGGAGAUUAUGUCGCCGCGAGAGGAGUAUCUGCCAGUAAAUGAUUGUUCUCAGUGGCAUAUCUCUGGUAUUCGUGGGCGUUUAGACAGAGAAUUCCGUCUGAUACGAGAAGAUACUGUUGGCCAGAUACGCGAUGCAGUUCGCGAAGCCUUUGGACAUAUUCGUGAUACCAAUGGUGACCGCAAGAACUCCAACAACUUGCGUACAUAUACAUAUGAUUCUGCCACUCUUAUCAACAUUCUCUUCGAUGCAAAUGCUGGUCUGGAUAUGGUUGUCCGUUGCGAUCAGCCUUCUCCCGUUCGGGCACUGAGCCCUGAACAGAGGAAGGACUGGUGGGAAAAAACGAAACGCCUCCAAGCCGGCGCACUCGUAUGUAUCAUGGAUAAAGCAGAAUCCGUCUUGUUUUUCAUCGUGUCUGAGUCUACCAUGAGGAACAAGGACGACAAAAAGCACUCUGAGCUUAAUGAAGAAGCUGAAAUUUUGACUCUUUCGGAUGAUGAGAUGUACUUGCACGUCAAGCUACAGCUUGCUGAGCCGAAUCAGGACGAUGUUACUCAAGUUCUCCAUUGGUCCAAGAGUACGGGGCCAUUGCGCUAUCGAUAUCUUGUCGAGUUCCCUGGCAUCCUUUUGGCGUCUUUCAAGCAUACGUUGGAAGCCCUUCAGCAAAUGUGUCGGCAACCAAGAGUCCCUUUUGUUGAUCUCUUGGCACCGAAGAAUAAUACCACUGAAGAGAUUAAUCUCCAGCCGCCUUUAUACGCGAGAGCAACUGGAUUUGCCUUCGACAUCAAAUGUCUAACGCAUGAUAAGUCUGAGUUUCUCAUUCCGCCUUCACAGCACCCAAGUCCAAACCUUGUUGAAUCACGAGCGGCUCUGGAUCUUACACAGUCUGCUGCCCUCUUGAACACCCUGUCACGGGAACUGUCGCUCAUCCAAGGCCCUCCAGGUACUGGCAAAAGCUACACUGGAGAAAAAAUCAUCAAAGUCUUGCUGGCAAACAAGGAAAAGACCGAAAUUGGGCCCAUACUGUGUGUCUGCUACACGAAUCAUGCUUUAGAUCAGCUCCUUGAGCACCUUCUCGACGACGGAAUCGACAAAGUCAUUCGCAUCGGAUCUCGAUCAAAGUCACAGAGGCUACAAGACCUUAAUCUACGAGUGAUUGUCCAAAAGAGUGAUCGCACAAGAUCAGAAAGGGCCACCCUUUACAAUAUAUAUCAAGAAUUGGAGGCCAUUGAGCACAGCAUGAAGAGUUCUCUUCGUAAAUUGGCGGCAUCAAAUUCGCCACAAGCUAUUAAAACGUUUCUCGACCAGACCUUUCCUAGGCACUACCAGACGCUAUUUGGAGCAAACGAAGACGGAUGGGCGAUGGUUACCGGAACGCCUCACAAGAUCUUGCGGGAUUGGCUUGUCGGUGGCUCGCGUGACGACUCUCUGUGCCGAGACAUUGAAACUCUGAAGCAAACCAGACUUUCCGUUAUGAAUAAUGUUGAGCGCCAAGUAUUGUAUAAACACUGGCUAAAUAUGAUCAUAACCCCAAUCCUUCACGAUAUCACAGGACUUCAGGAAGAGCACACCCAGUUAAUAGAGCGGCGAAGCCGUGUGCGCAAUGACGUGGAUUUGCGCUGCCUCAACCAGGCCAACAUCAUCGGAGUCACAACCACAGGCCUGGCCAAAAAUUUGUCUCUUCUCAGGAAACUAAGAUGCAAGGUCAUGCUUUGCGAGGAGGCUGGAGAAGUGUUGGAGGCUCACAUUUUAACCGCACUACUGCCCUCGAUCGAACAUGCUAUCUUGAUUGGUGACCAUCUUCAACUGCGCCCGCAGAUUCAAAACUAUGAGUUGCAGAGCACAAAUCCUCGAGGAAAACAGUAUUCUCUAGAUACAUCUUUAUUUGAGAGACUUGUUGAGCCGCCGCAUCUGGCGGACCUGCGACUUCCAUUCAGCACAUUGGACACCCAGAGAAGGAUGCACCCGUAUAUAUCUGAGCUUGUUCGGUCAACCUUAUACCCAUCCUUGCAGGACGCCGAAAAUGUAACAAAAUACCCAAAGGUAGCGGGUAUGAAAGAGCGGCUGUUUUGGCUUCACCACGACCGCUUAGAGGAUGGUGCAGCCAGCCACGAGCCACUGAAUACCUCCCACUCGAACGAGUUUGAAGUUGAAAUGACGGUAUCCCUCAUUUCCCAUCUCGUCAGGCAAGGGGAGUACUCCCAAGACGAUAUUGCAGUUAUUACACCAUACCUGGGCCAGCUACAUAAGCUACGACGUCGAAUGGAAUCCAUGUUUGAGAUUUGUCUCAACGACCGCGACCUUGCUGAACUAGAAGACAUGUAUGAAAGCAAGGGCCAAGAAGCUUCGACAACCGCGAAAAAACAAGCUGGCAAAACAACACUCCUAAAGAGUGUUAGGGCUGCAACUGUUGACAACUUCCAGGGCGAGGAGGCAAAAGUCAUUAUCAUCUCUCUUGUUCGAAGUAAUUUGCAAAAUAAGUGCGGAUUCCUCAGCACUUCCAACCGCAUCAAUGUCUUAUUGUCGCGUGCAAAACAUGGAAUGUAUAUCAUCGGAAACUCUAGCACUUACUAUAACGUCCCCAUGUGGGAGGAAGUCAUUGACAUGCUCACCGCGAGCGGCCGCAUCGGCACAAGUUUGGAGCUCCAGUGCGACCGACAUCCCGACACCCCAAUCCGUGUCUCGAACGCGGAUGACUUUAUAGUUUUUUCUCCCGAAAGCGGAUGCAAUCUACGUUGCGACAAGAGACUUGACUGCGGCCAUUCUUGCACUGGAAAGUGUCAUUCAGACAUUUUGCAUGAUGUGGUUGUUUGCCAUGAACCGUGUCCCCGGCCUCAAAAAGGCUGUGAUCAUGCUUGUCGUCGACGGUGUGGUGAUCAGUGUCCACCCAAGUGCACCGUUGAGUUGAAAAACAUUGAUCUCGUACUCCCGUGCGGCCACAGGCUUUCUUCAGCACAAUGCUGGGAGAAUCAAGAUCCUGCCUCGGUUCGCUGCAAAGUCGUCGUUAAACGGACAGUUCCGGGCUGCAAUCAUGAGGUCGAGGUCCAAUGUCAUGUAGACGUAGCCGCUACCAGGUAUCAAUGCACUGCCUUGUGCGGCCACCACCGUGAGUGCGGUCAUACAUGCAAGAGUCCCUGUUGUAAAUGCAAUAAUCGGGAUAAUGGAGAAAUUAUAAAGCAGAAUCACGGCAUCUGCAACCAGAGGUGUGAUCGGAGCUAUUCAACAUGCCGGCACAGCUGCUCUGCAACUUGCCACGGCGAGACUGGGUGUCCGCCUUGCAAAGAGCCAUGUGAAGUACGUUGUGGACAUUCGAAAUGCAACAAGGCAUGUCACGAGCCCUGUGCCCCUUGUGCGGCGAAUACAUGCCACUCGAGCUGCCCUCAUACGAAGUGCACAAUGCCAUGUGCGGCACCAUGCGACUGGGUUCCGUGCUCUAAGCGGUGCGAGAAGGCACUAGAAUGCGGCCACCAGUGUCCCUCACUCUGUGGAGAGGUGUGUCCUAACAAGGCCUUCUGCCAGCAGUGUGCGAGUGAGGACGUAAAAUCCGUAUGUGUCGACUUUCUGGAGAUGAAAGAGUACCACGAGAUCAACUUGGACGAAGAGCCAUGCAUUUUCCCAGACUGCGGACAUUUUUUGACUACUUCGUCUAUGGAUGGUCAGAUGGGAAUGGGGGCAUACUACGAUAUAGAUGAAGAUGGUCAUCCAGUACAGCUCGGCAAGACUUCAGAGCCUUUCUCACUUGACAAAUCGGGCAUUCCGGUAUGCGCAACUUGCCGGGGUUCUCUUCGAAACAUUGCAAGAUACGGCCGCAUUAUACGACGAGCUAUACUUGACGAAUCAACAAAGAAAUUCAUAGCCUGGGCGCAUGGACAACACCUCUCCCUGGCAACUCGAUUGCUAGAGGAACAGGAUAUCCUUGCACAAGCGGUCCCUGGGAAGCUACUGCAGUCCAAAACAGCCCCUGCAGCAUUAAAAGGUGGCCAGCUCUCCGCCCCGAGAUUGAAACAACUUCGAACUCUGCAGAGGAUUGUGGGCAACGGGCGAUAUGACUCCAUUAUCGAACUUUGGAGGCAGAUUGUGGCACACGCCAACAAUGUUAAGCGAGAGGAGCAGCCAUUCCAACGAGUGGCAGAUUUUGUGCAAUUUGCCAAUCGCCAAAACAUGGCAAGCGGAGAGUUUCGAUAUGAUGAGUCCGUCAUCCAGGUCAAGGGCUCGCUUCUUGCGGAUGCGCUGCUUCUUAAAUGUGAAAUUACUAUUCUGUUCGACUUUCGUCGCUGGAUCAAGGAUGGAGGGUUGGCCCAGAUACAAACAGAAAGCAAACUUGAUUUGUCACUUCAUUGGGCCGAUUCUACCAGGCUCAUCGCGCAGUCACAUUUACUCAAAUAUGUCAGGGAAGAGGUCCAGGGGCACAUAUUCGCUGCACAGCUCUGUGCGUUGUGUUUAUCCUUUGACGGUUGUACUUUGUGGCCAGAGGGUAGGGGUGCUAUGAAGGAGCAAAACGAGGAAAGUUUGAAAGGAGAGGCCAUUAGCCACGUCCAGCAAGCUCGCGCUCUGUUGGAAGAGUAUCCAUCCACGGCCAUGUUCAAGGAUGAGAUUGACAGUGUUGAGGACAUGAUCAAUGGCGGCAUCUAUCGCCCGGUUACGGCGGAAGAAAUGCGAGCUGUGUACAACGCAAUGUCGAAAGAACUUCGGGGCACGGGGCACUGGUAUACUUGUGAGAACAACCACCCGUUCACUAUUGGUGAAUGCGGAAUGCCUAUGGAAAUGGCUAGAUGCCCUGAGUGCGGCGCCAGGAUAGGGGGCCAUGACCAUGAAGCAGUAGAGGGAACGAGGCACGCAGCAGAGAUUGAUAAUCUGGCGAGAGGGAUAAAUGGAUUAAACAUGUAA